GAUUCUCGAGCCUCCUCUCAGCGGCCGUACUGGAUCAGCCGGGCCGCGCUGAUCCCUCGGCCGCGGGGCCCAUCCGGCAGCCAUGGGCGCCUCGGCGGCCGCUGCCGGCGCUGUCGGCGCGGCGGCCGCGUGCAUCUGCGCCCGCUCGGCCAGGGGCAGUGGCCGCGGUGCAGCCCCCCUCGCCUCCUCCGGGCAGCCGGCGUCCUCUGCAGACGGCCGGGACGAAGACGACGAGGAGAGGCGGCGGAAGAGGAAGGAGCAGAAGCGGCAGGACAAGGAGCGCCAGCGUGAGCGCGACAAACAGACGCAGGCCGAGGCCGAGGAGGAGGCCGAGCGGCAGGCCAGGGCCAGGCUGGCGCAGGAGGCGGCCGCCCGCCUCGAGCAGGAGCGCAAGGCGGCCCAGGCGGCGGCCGCGGGGCAGGCGCCGCCUGCGGGCGGCAGCGCGCCCGCGGGCCACUUCCAGCUGCCGGCGUACCUCUCCAUGGUGAAGAAGCUGGGCUCUGGGGCCUACGGGGAGGUAGCCCUGUGCGACGACCUGCAAAAACAGCAGCAGGUGGCCGUCAAGGUCAUCCGGGAUUUCGCGAAAGACCCCGUGCGCGGCAAGCGGAUCCUCCGUGAAGUGCGUCUGCUUGCUUACCUGCAGCAUGACAAUUUGCUGAACCUCACCGACAUACUGGCGCCUCCGAGUCCCGAUUUCGACGACAUCUACAUAGUGAUGCCGUACUUGCAGGUGGACUUGCAUAGACUGAUCCACUCAAGGGUGCCGCUGGUGGAGGCGCAGUCCAAGGCUUUCGUCUGCCAGACGUUGCGGGGCUUGAAGUACAUGCAUUCGGCAGGCGUUAUGCACAGAGACCUGAAGCCAUCAAAUGUCCUUGUUAACAAGGACUGCUCGCUCAAGAUUGCAGACUUUGGUUUGGCCAGGAGUUCAGAGGAAGAGGAGUGCAAGAUGACCGAGUACGUAGUGACGCGAUGGUACCGCGCCCCCGAACUUUUGCUGCUGCCGUCUGGGUAUUCGGAAGCGGUGGACUUGUGGUCCAUGGGUUGCAUCCACGUGGAGUUGAUUGCGAGGGAACCUUUGUUCCCAGGGAAGGACCACUUCGAUCAGCUGAGGCACAUCGCGGAGACUCUCGGCUUCUCCGUGGAGAGGGACCUGGCGUGGGUGCCGCCGCAGAACCUGCGGGAGGUUAAGCGGAUGCUCGGAAGCCGCAGGUUGCCAGAGCGGCCAGAGAAGCCUCUUUCCCAGCGCAUCCAGGGCAUCGAGGACCGAGAUGCGUGCCUCGACCUGAUCGUCAAGAUGCUGGAUAAGGUGCCCCUCACGCGCAUAUCCGCGGCGGACGCCAUCGCGCACCCCUACCUGGCCAAGCUGCAGGAUCCACCCAAAGAGACCGUGGCGUUGGAGAGAUUCGACUGGGCCUUCGAUCAGUUCGAAGCAACCACGCGGUCGCUCAAGGACCGGGUCUACGCGGAGUGCGCCAGGUACCACCCCGAGAUCGUGGAUCGCGACGCGGAGUGGAUCAGAGAGCGGGGCUUCAAGGCGUGAUGGGGACGAUUGUAAGCGCGCCACACGGGUAGGUCCGUCGUGCCCUCCUGGAGCACGGAGGGGGUGAUUGCCCAAGCGUCGUGGUUCGUUGAUCCCGCGAUUCUCCGCGCUGCCUUGCUCAGGCUCUGGCUUCAGCGACGCUGGACCACCUUUGGCCGUGACCCCCGAGGAGGCCUCGUAGAGGACCCAGAUCUAUCGGGUCUAUGUUCCAAUCACAGUUAGAAAAGGCGUGAUGGUGGAGACCCCUCCCCAUCAGUUGGGAAGCUGGCAGUUGUCUUCAUCCGAGCUGAAGCGUGCUGCCUUUCCUCGCCAUGCGUCUCCUUUCAGAAAGAGUGUUAGAG